AUGGCGCCUUCACUGAAGGAAUCUUACCACUCUAGGGCAGGUCCGCUCCCAAACAGGCCGGAAUCCAGUUCCGGGUUUUUGCCGCAGCUGCCUAGAGCGGGCGCCGUCUCCGGAGCGGAGUGCGGCGGCCGGCUAUCAAGUGCAAAUCCUGUGUAUGAGAAAUUCUAUCGACAGGUUGAUUCUGCUAACACUGGAAGAGUGUUAGCUUCUGAUGCAGCUGCUUUCUUGAAAAAGUCUGGAUUGACAGAUUUGGUGCUUGGAAAGAUUUGGGACUUAGCAGAUACUGAUGGCAAAGGUAUCCUGAACAAACAGGAAUUUUUUGUGGCUUUGCGACUUGUAGCAUGUGCACAGAAUGGACUGGAUGUUUCCCUGAGCAGUCUCAACUUACCUGUUCCGCCACCAAGAUUUACUGAUACUGGUAGUCCUUUGCUACUCAGUGGAGCAGCAUCAGCUGAUGUACCAUGGGCUGUUAAGCUUGAAGACAAGGCCAAGUAUGAUGCUAUUUUUGAUAGUCUCAAUCCUGUGAAUGGACUGUUGUCAGGUGAUAAGGUGAAACCUGUGCUCCUUAAUUCAAAACUGCCAGUGGAUAUCUUAGGACGGGUGUGGGAAUUAAGUGAUAUUGACCGUGAUGGGAUGUUGGAUCGAGAUGAGUUUGCAGUUGCCAUGUUCUUGGUGUACUGUGCUCUGGAGAAGGAACCAGUGCCAAUGUCCCUGCCUGCAGCUUUGGUGCCACCAUCCAAGCGAAAACCUGUUAGUGUUCCAGGAGCGAUGCCAUUAAUUCCAUCUUCAUUGUCUGCGAAAGAGUCUCAUCAAUCCUUGCCACCUGUAGGUGUUUUAGCUGCCAAAACACCAUUAACACAGUGGGUUGUAUCUCCUACAGACAAAAUGAAGUAUGAUGAGAUCUUUGUGAAAACUGACAAAGACAUGGAUGGCUUUGUGUCAGGUGUGGAAGCCAGAGAACUGUUCUUGAAGACGGGGCUGCCUUCUGCUCUGCUUGCCCAUAUCUGGGCUCUCUGUGACACGAAAGACUGCGGAAAGCUUUCAAAAGAACAGUUUGCCUUGGCUUUCUAUUUAAUUAAUCAGAAGUUAUCAAAGGGCAUCGACCCACCUCAAGCUCUGACUCCAGAGAUGAUUCCACCUUCUGACAGGGGUGUCAGUUUACGGAAGAGCACUCAAGGACCGAGUUCUGCAGCAGACUUUUCUGCAAUUAAGGAACUUGACACAUUAAACAAUGAAAUAGUAGACCUGCAGAGGGAAAAGAAUAAUGUAGAGCAAGACCUGAAGGAGAAAGAAGAUACCAUCAAACAGAGGACAAGUGAGGUCCAGGAUCUACAGGAUGAAGUGAAACGGGAGAGCAGUAAUUUGCAAAAGCUGCAAGCUCAGAAACAGGAAGCACAGGAAAUCCUUAAUGAUCUUGAUGAGCAGAAGGCUAAGCUGGAAGAGCAACUUAAUGAUAUCAGGCAGAAGUGUGCAGAGGAGGCCCAUUUGAUUGCUGUGCUGAAGGGUGAAUCUUCAAGUCAAGAAUCCAAGAUUUCAGCAUAUGAAGAUGAACUAACCAAAGCUCAAGAGGAGCUGAGUCGCCUGCAGCAAGAAACUGCAGAGCUCGAGCACUGCAUAGAGUCUGGGAAAGCACAGCUGGGACCUCUUCAGCAACAUCUGCAAGAUUCACAACAGGAAAUCAAUUUAGUGCAGGCAAAACUUCUUGAGCUGAAGGAGUUGGAAAAAAACCAAUUCAGUUGGCACUCCCAGCCACACAAUAUACUUGUUAAUGGAACUGCGGAUCACUCCAGUCUUAGCAACAGCAGCAGUGAAACUGCUAACCUUAACGAGAACGCUGAAAGGGAAAGUUUAGCAGAAGAUGAACAAAUAAGCAAUGCGUCUCCAAUAAGAAAUAGUCCUGAAACAACAGAAGCUGUUGUAGAAGAAAAAAAAGAAAUCUCAGCUGCAGCUGUUACAAAAAAAGAAGAUCCAUUUGAUGCUGAAUCUCAUCCGUUACCUGAUCUGGUUUCUGAAGCCAGCUUAGACUUCUUCCAGUCUGACCCUUUUGUUGGCAGUGAUCCCUUCAAAGAUGACCCUUUUGGGAAAAUUGAUCCUUUUGGAGGUGAUCCUUUCAAAGGCUCAGAUCCUUUUGCCGCUGACUGUUUUUUCAAGCAAUCCUCCACUGAUCCUUUUGUAGCUGCGGGCACCGAUCCAUUUAGCGCUGCAGGCAACAGCAGCAGCCCCACAACAGAAACACUGAAGAAAAAUGACCCCUUUGCUCCUGGUGGAACAACUGUUACUACAUCAAACGAUCUAGGUAAUGGUAGACUGUAUACGCCAAAU